UUCACGGUCAAGGUCAAGUUCAUCUUUUAGUUUUGUUUUUGGAAUUUGUACUUUGGAAUCACCUGUUUAUUUCUUGAUAAUUGAAAAUAUAGUUGUUAUACAGUGAAUUGUGAUAUAGUGACCAUCAAAAUGUGUUCAUUAAUUAGACAAUUCGUUUAUGUGGGAAAUAACAGAGUUUUAGGAUUAUUUCCGAGAUUAUAUUCGUCAAACAUUCCCCAAUAUGAAACUUUAGCUGUAUCAGUGCCUAAGAAAUACGUUUACCAUGUUGAAUUAAAUAGACCUAAAAAGUUCAACACAUUCACACCAACAAUGUGGAAAGAGUUAAGAACUUGCUUCUCUGCAUUAAGUGAAGACCCGGAGUGCAGAGUGGUAGUAUUAUCUGGACAAGGAAAGCAUUUUACUGGAGGUAUUGAUUUGAACGGGUUUGUGGAGAGUGCCAGUAAGGCACAUGAAUUAAGUGAUGUAGCCCGAAAAGCUAGAUUCUUGCACAAAAUGAUUGAACAAUAUCAGCACGGUAUAACAGCGCUAGAGAGCUGUGUGAAGCCAGUACUGGCGGUGGUACACAGCGCGUGUGUCGGCGCUGGAGUGGAUUUGAUUACAGCUGCAGAUGUUAGAUAUUGUACAGAGGAGGCGUGGUUCCAAGUCAAAGAAGUGGAUGUAGGCUUGGCCGCUGAUGUUGGUACUUUGCAGAGAUUACCUAAAGUAAUAGGCAGUACUUCAAUAGCCAGUGAACUUUGCUUCACAGCGAGGAAGGUGUCUGCUAAAGAAGCAUUACAAAUUGGUCUUGUUAGUAAAGUUUUUCCUGAUAGAGAUAGUGCUAUACAAGAAGUGCUAGAAGUAGCUCAGACUAUAGCAGCUAAAAGUCCAGUAGCGGUACAAGUGACUAAACAAUCACUCGUCUACUCCCAAAGUAGACCAACUGCUGAAGGAUUAGAACAUAUUUGUUUAAUCAAUCAAACAAUGCUGCAAAGCGACGAUUUAACGAAGGCAGCGAUCAGCCAAGCAACUAAAACUGAAGCGGAAUUCGACGAUUUGUAAUAUAUUAAGAAUUUUUUAUAUUCAUAUUAAAUAAGAUGUAAUCAAUAUACAAUUUUGUACAAA